AUGGCUGCAGGAGAAAUCGCGGUUGUUUUUGUUAUUUUAUCCACUAUUUCUCCAAGCCUUAGCGACAAUGUGAUUUCACUCACAGAUGUGGAUUUCGAAGACAGAGUGUUCGGCUCGUCCACGCAUUUUAUAAUGUUUUAUGGACCUUGGUAAGUGGAGGGUGGAAUAUUGAUACACAGCGAUCUUGAAACACCAAACUGACGAUGGGUCCUACAACACACCUGAAGUAAUUCUGUCCUGGGACAAAUUCAGCAUGGAAAGAAGAGCAGAGUUUUUUAACCACGCUUUUAUGAAAUGCGCUGCUAAAAGUUUUUGAGGUGUAUAAGUUGGUCCCUGGUUUACUGAUUUGGCCCACAUGAGAAUUUAGCCUUGCCCUGUUUUUGCCAUUGAAGUAAACUUACAAUAUCUUGAAAAACGUAAGUUUAUCAGCUUUGAAUUUUGCCCUAGAAUACCAGUACAGAAACCCUGAAAUGAACAACACCUAUUGGAACUCAAGUCACUUGCUGUGAUGUUUUCAUCUAGCUUGCCAGGGCUUUGUCAUCUUUUUCAUGGUGAAAUAGUUAACAAUAAUUAUUAAUGAAUGAGGCUGAGUAUCUUAUCAAGAAUUAUGGAGAUCGAGGAGGGUGUUAUGGCCUUGACAGAUAACACCCUCUGAGAUCUCCAUAAUUCUUCAUGUGAUACAAAAGCUGUAUUCAAUAAUUGUUUUAUUAUUCAUUCAAAAUAAUUCCUAGUUUGAAAACAAAGUGAAAACAUGCUUACCUCCAUCGAUGUUAAGUUCACCUUCGAUAGGGCAUGUUUAGGGUUGUUCAGCUCUGCAAAUAUUCUCCAAAUAGCAGAUGUUGCCCUUCGAGUUGUGUUCUUGCUGUUCUUGGCAUGCUUUUAGCUAUAAUUUCGCCUAGUUCUUACUCUUGAAACGAGUGAAAUGUCUGCCAUUUUUUGUUUUCACAACCAAAACAACUCAACCCCAGGUCUUCUCGGUUAACGGUGCAUUAACCUGCAAGAACGCUGCAUUUUUGACGUCAUUGCCAUUCUUCCAAAUUUGGUCACCAGUAACUGGUUAUGGUGUAUUAUGCGUGUGCUUUUAGCCACUCAGAAUCGGGGAAAUAAUUAUUUUGAAUGAGUAAUAAGCAUUAUAAAGCCCUAAUAAGGUUUAUUGGGGAAGGGAUGCUACUGAAAAAAUUAGGUCCUGGUGUUGGGCAGCAUAGUUUUUAAACUAUUAUCCAACCUCCUUUCCAGGGUUCUUCCUACUCUCACCUCUUUCAGGACCUCUAAGGAGAAAGGGGGGGGGGGGGGUGGCAUUGUCCCUUCUGUCUGAAUGUAAAUAUGGUCGUUUCACAUUUUGAGGAGUAGUCCAUGUCCUUGUCAGUGUUUUACUCAUCUUAAGGUCACUUGUUGCCAUUUCAUCUAGUCUCUAGCCUGUGGGGAACAGACACUUUUUUUGGUUCUCUUUUCACCUGCCAAAAAAAUAGACGAAAAAACGUCUGCUCCCAGCAGGCUAUCUAGUGUUGUGUUGCUGUUUCAAGGCCAUGUUGCUUGUGGGAAUUUUUACCCUAACAGGGUCCUCGUUCCUACUCAUUCCUCUCUUGCUCUGCAGGGAAAAGUAGGAGAGAACACUAGAAAGAGGUUGACUAUUAGCUCAUUUCAGCCAAAAAAUGUGUUAUAUUUGCCCACCCAAUUUCAGUCCACUCUCUCACAAGUGAUAGCUCCCUGUUCAUACCCCUUGGCAUCUGAGUUGCCUUUCAGUGGACUAUCUAGUUGGAUGAGGAAAAUUCACAUGGGGGGCAGAAAGCGAAAAGCGUGAGCAAAGGGUGCACAUAUCAUCCCUCAUGCUCCCUUUGACUGCACUUCUCUUCUUAACAAUAGGAGACUUAGGGCCUAUCUGCACUAGCAAAAAAGCUUUUUAUUAAGACAAAUUUUCUGUCAUCACCAACGCUUAACAAAUUUGGAUGGUUUGUCUCGACUUUACAAAUUUUGUCCCAGACAGGAAAUCUUCAAAGGCGCCUUGGACAAAAUUUAUCUGUGUAAAAACUGGACAAAAUUAACUAAAUAAACAAGGAUGUGUUUUUCUUGUCAAUCAUUUGUUGUAAAGCCAUUCUUUCCAUAAACAAAGUCUCAUCAAAUGUAAUGGCCUGAUAAGAGUAAAUAGUUUCCCAUGCAGAUACAUUUCUUCAAAACGAAAAUUGGCACCAUACAAUUUUUCAGUUUAGAUGUUCCAUUAAGACCAUUCCGAGUCUGUCUGCUAGUGUGGAAAGGCCCUGGGCAUGAAUCUGCCUUUGCAUACAAAGCUUCCUACCUGCUGGUGGGUCAUGGUGUCCUGUCAGUAAGAAAUAGUUGUGGUAAUUAACUUAUUGAGGCAAACAUUUUGAUGAUGACCUCGUCGAGUUAUUCUGUUUUUCCUUUGUUUUGUGUACAAAAUGUAGGUGUGAGCACUGUAAAAAUUUCAUGCCAACAUGGAAUUUGUUAGCUGACCACUAUGGGAAAAUUCCACAUAACGAGCUCAUAACAAUAGCUAAGGUACAGUGUACUUGAAGUUAGAUACAGAACCUUUCAGUGACUACUGUAAAACUCGGAAAACUGUAAACACCAGAAAUAUUUCUUGAAUGUUAUUGUGUUGCAAGGAAAAAGUCAAUCAAGGGUAAGAAAUCCAAACCUCAAACAACAACCAUAAUUUAGUUUGUGGUUUUGUGGCUUGCAUGCAUGUUCUGAUCUUUGUUGUGAUUGGUCAAAACAGAGUGAACAUUUCUGAAGUAUUUCAGCUGGUUUUCACAACUGUUUGAAUUUCACAGCAAUCAUUUAAGUCUGGGUAAAAAGUUAUUCUAAGUAUUUAAACUAAAGUAUCUGCUCGUAGUUGUAAAAUUUUGUGGUUGAAUUUUAUCCGUGGCUCAAAUUCUAAUGUUAAAUUUGGGUUUGGGUAUGUUAGGCCCGGUUCAGACACCAAUCUUUUCAUGAGCCAAACUUAAUUUGAAUUAAUAAGACUGACCCAAAUUAUUUAGACCGGCUGAAUUGAUUCAGACACAAAUUUUAAUUGCAGCUGCACUAAGUUCAAAAUGCAAAAAAUGCUCAUUUCAGUCAAACUGCUUACAAAAUACGUUAUAAUAAUCUAUGCAUUUGGUUUGGUAUAUGAAAAGUUUUGCUUCUGAAUCAAAGCCUUUCCAAAGUUGCUCCAAAGGCAACAUUCUCGGCCACACUAGGCGAAAAGAUCGACUGAGCCGUUCCAAAUUGAAACAGGUGUUCCUAACUGAUUCAGACGCCAAACUUUUCAUGUACUUAAUUCAAUGUAUUAGGUUUGGCUCUUAAUGUUUGGCAUCUGAACGCGGCCUUAUUGUAUUAGCCUGCACAGCAUGGUGGUUUUGUUUGGGCAUGCAAACAAGCCUUGGUGGGCAACCGUGGGCAAGGGUGGUAAAACUGUGAAUCGUGCGCUGGACAAAACUGCCAUGUUAUGCAGGCUAAUAUUAUAUAAAUAAUCACUUCAAAACAGGGGACAAAGUAUUUAUUUUAUUUACAUGUAGACAUUGAACUGCAACAUAUAUACAUGAUUAUAUUGAAAUCCAUUGGUACAUUUUUUUCGUAGGUGGACUGUACAAAAGAGACUCCACUCUGUGUAAAACAAAAUAUUUGA